UACACCUGUCUCAGAUCGCCGCAAACUUUGAGAGGGAAAAGAAGGAUACCAUCUCGAAUCCAUUCGGUAUUGUUAUAAAGUUAUAAAAAUUACAAAACACGAGUGUUCGCGAAAGCCUUAUCGUCGCGUCAAUUGGCCCAAUAAAACGUGCGAUGAACAAGUUUCGUUUGUAUCUUUUGUUACAAUUAUGCGUGCUGACCGCGUCUCAGAAGACGGCUUUAGACUCGUCGAUAAACUUGUACCUCUAUCGUCAAAUUCGUAAUUGGUUUUUCCAAAAUAUCGGUGUAAGAAAUGAGGGACGAUCAGCACGAAAUGAAAGAAAAUUUCAAAAGCAAGUUCCAACAGACGUUCCAUUUCCUUGUAACGUUACAGAUGGUAGAUCUCCCAAAGUUCCCGACUCAGUUCAUCAUCUGAGACCAGGUGACAUAGAUGUUAUUGCCGCGAUGGGCGAUUCUUUGACAGCCGGAGCUGGAAUUUUUGCAACUAAUUUAUUGGAGCUGCCCAUUGAGAAUAGAGGUGCAUCAGCGAGUAUUGGUGGUCAAGGAACUUGGCGUACAUAUUUGACACUUCCCAAUAUUUUCAAAGAAUUCAAUCCCAAAUUAAUAGGCUAUGCACUUGGAGAUUCUCUGACUACUCAACCAGCUUCGCAGUUAGACGUCGCUGAAAUUGGCGCAAUGUCCAGAGAUAUGCCAUUUAUGGCCAAACAUCUAAUCAAUAAAAUAAGAAAUGACCCGAGGAUAAAUAUGAAGAAACAUUGGAAGUUGAUUUUCUUGUUCAUUGGACACAAUGAUUUUUGUACCGAUAUAUGUGCACUGCCUUCUCCAUGGUCUGUUUUGGAUAACCAUAAAACUGAUCUAAUUAAUACUCUUAGGAUAUUAAGAGACAAUAUACCCAGAACUUUCGUCGCUAUUCAGGUAAUGCCUCACUUAAAGGAACUCGUUGCUACGCGUGAAGGAAGAAACUCUUUGAAAUGCUAUAUAAUGACUACCAUUGAAUGCUCAUGUUUGUUCGCUUUGCAAUUCAGAGAUCGAAGACAGGAGUAUUAUGAAAUAAUAAAGAGGUGGCAAGAAUUAGAAGAGGAAGUGGUUAAUUAUUCAGAAUUUCAUAGAAAUGACUUCACUGUAGUGAGUUUACCAACUUUGAAACACGCAAAGGUACCACUUGCAAAGGAUGGAUUUGCUGAUUUGUCAUAUCUUUCUGCUGAUUGUUUUCACCUAAGUCAAAAAUCUAAUGCAUUAUUGGCAAAUAAUCUAUGGAACAAUUUGCUAGAACCAGUUGGUAACAAGUCUUUCACUUGGACUCCACUAUAUGAAAGAUUUUUGUGCCCUACUUCGGAAAGACCGUUCUUGAUGACACGUGAAAAUUCACACAAUUUUUCCUACAUUAAAGACACGCCUCUAGUUUAAUAUUAUAUAUAAUGUAUAUAGUUUAAUAUUAUAUAUUAUAUAUAAUGAAAUAAUAGCCAUUGAAAUUUGGUAUAGUAGACACAAAGUACCAUUUUAGUCCACAAUUUAACUUUCCUAAUAUAUAAUAUUUAUUGAUAAUUAUUAACAAAGUUAUUUUUCCAGAUAUCUCUGUUAUUGCAUGUGAUCUCAUCACGAAUUUUAUUCAUUUCACAGCUCCACUUACUACUUUAUAUGUCAUACUAAUUUUCAUUAGCGUUCUUAUUUUUUAUGUUUUAAAUACUUUGAUAUACACGAUAUAUGCUUUCAUAUACGCAGAAAAAAGAGUGUAAAUGUCGAUGAAUUUUUAAAUUUUAAACGAAGGGUGAUUUUAAUAUUGUUUCAGAGAUACUCAAUGUGUGUUCGGGAUUUUGGAUGGUCCUCAGUUUACAGUACGGACGGCAUAUUUGCUAUUUUUUGGGAAGUUGGAAUUUUCCACACUAUGUAUUGUAAGAUUUACAAUUCGGACCGCGUUGAGAGAAUAAUUGGCAUCCUAAGCACUCGACGGAUUCUUUCAACAGUAAAUCACGUGACAUAAACCUCGAUACUAGAUGAAACUCGACAAUAGACGAAGGAUGAUGGCAUUAACUGGACGUUACGCUAUGCUCACGACAAUUCAACAGUUACAGGAUUGGGCAGAAACAGAUUCCCACUUCAUAGGAAACGUUGACUAAAACAUACCCCCUAGACUGAUAGUUAGCCUUUAACGCCCCAAAUGUGCCUCUCAAGCACCACCGAUGUGCUGCGUUCUACUCCAAGUGUGCCUCUCAAGCACUGUAAAUAAAGCCGAUCAAUAUGUAUUAACAUAUUGUUUCCUGAGAAAAUCGUUGAAAUGGUGGCGGAAAUUGUUCUUUUGGGGAUUAGAAACAAGCGUAAUAAAUGCUUAUAUACUUUACAAGAUUUCUCAGGAAAGGAAAGGAGAAAUGAUGUGAAUAAGUUGGAGUUGCCGGUCGAUAUUCACAAUUAAAAGUCGGAGCGUUAAGGGUUAGAAUAUAAGCACCAGGCGCUUCAAGAGACAACAGAUUUAUCACACACUCGCCUACGUUUGAACUCCGUUACUUACAGUUCAUAUUCUCCCGUUUAUACUAAAUAGUUCAAACAAACCUACUAAACACAAGCUUCUUACUUACUAAGAAACUUACUAAGAAAUUUACUAAGAAACAAACUGAUCUCACAUCGAAACGUAAGUUGUACACUUCGUUUUUUGAAUCACCUUUAUAAAUCUCCCUCAACAUUCUUGCUUAAAUUAUCGAAGCCAUAAUUCACGCGUCUACCAUGGCUCCCAAUCAAGAAGAACGCAUUAAAUGUUUAAAACUGCAACCCGUAGCGUUCAAGAUAGAAUUAGAAUCGUUUCAAGCAGUAUUUGAUACCCAUAGUGAAGGAGCGUCAGCAACAAUCAUUCGGGUUUAUUUGGAAGUAUUAAAACCAGAAUUUGCCGCAUUUAAAAAAGUCCAAAGCAAAUUGGACGAUACAGACGAUGAUCAGUCUGAGGCGGGUAUGUUGUCUGUGAUAAUAUUAGCUGCUGAUUGUAGAUAUCGCUGCUGGGGUACUGCUGUAUUUUCUUCCUAUUUAAGAAUCGUGGAAGAAAAAUCGGACUUCGGUCGCCAGGAUUCGAACCCGGGUUACGAACGGUCGUAACCUAAGCCGCUAACCACUGCACUGCCGUCGUCCGACACUAGUUAGUGUAGAGUGGUGGUAUUUGCUUGUCGAGUGCCGCCACAAGUCAAUGGAUGAAUAUAUUACCAUAAAUCAGGGCUCUAGAUAUAAUUGAAAAUGCUGUGGUUGCGCCUUAGGUUACGAGCGCUUGGAACCCGGGUUCGAAUCCCGGCGACCGAAGUCCGAUUUUUCUUCCACGAUUCUUAAAACGGAAGAAAAAUACAGCAGCACCCCAUCAGCGACAUCUACACCGGCCGGCGAACCCGUCUCAGCCGGCCUCUACUCUAGGCAGCCGCACCUAUCACGGACAACACAUACACCUUAAUGCAAAAGCGCGGAUAAGAGAGCAAACCGAAAUUAAUAUGCGAAACCCACCAAACACACGUGCUCCAAGAGUUGAGGAACUACUCAAAUCUUUACAAGAUUACGGAACAGAAUAUCAAACAUCACCAGAAGAAUCUACACCCCGUCAGCAUAAUUUACGCAUACGUGAAUUCUGCGAAUUCAAUCGAACUCCACGUUAAUCAUUCAUCGAUCAGUCGCGAAUUACGUAUAGUUUUUGUAAUAGUCUUCACGUGUUACGAAUUAGUGGCAAUUUUUGUACCGGAGCGAAUAAACAUCGUGAGAGAAAGAAAUCUUUGCCUCAAUUGUCUGUGUAGGACUUAUUCCGUUUACGAAUGUCAAGCAAGCAGUUGCACGCAAUGACAUAAACGGCACCAUUCUCUGUUGCAUUUGAAUACGGUUAAUUCAUCACAGUCAGCUCAAACACAUCUAAUAUGUCAUACGUCCCAUAUAUCUUCAAAUGUUAUUUUGUCGACUUCUAUCAUAAACAUCACCGAUCGGAACGGUGACGCACAACCGUGUAUAGACUUACAAGAUUCCUGCUCUGAGACACAUUUUCCAACCGAAAAAAUGUGAAGGCGUCACGGUUUAAACACGCAAAGAGUUGCCGUACUGUUACGCGGCACCAAUCAAGUGACAUCGCAGAUCAAUCAAAUGAUUCGGGCGAAAAUCUAGUCACGCAUCAGUAAUUAUAUGGCAGAAUUGACAUUUUUAAUUAUUAAUGAAGUGUCAUCACUAAUUUCGUUAGAAAAUGUUAAUCGCGACAAUUUAAAAAUAUCACGUGAUCCAACAUUUGAUCGAUGUCUGUCUGAUGUCGAUGGUCUCUUUGGAGCUCAUCUGUUUUGGGACUUCGUUUGCAUAGGAAAAAUGAGCCUAGCGGACGAGGAAAUUCAAUUACAUAACACAGAAGUAGGCUGGAUCCUCACGAGUGAAACGGUAGGAAAUAGUCAAUCACGCAAAGCGAUCUGCAACACGAAACUCAAGGUACUACCUGACCAUAUUGAAACCUUUAGGAACAUAGAGGAACGCUCUUCAACGAGAACUCUAUAUCCAGAAGAACACGCGUGCGGAAUACCCUACACAAUACAUACUACACGGGAUUCAACUGGCAGGCAAGUGAACAAUCACGAAACUAUUUGUUAAACAAUCGCAUAAAUUAGCACUUCAUCCUACCUUGCGCAUCACUCUUAGGCGGACUAUAAGAAGCCACUGCUAAGUCACUCAAACACAUCGUGAUUCUCAUGAUAGGAAACACAUUAUUCAUAUACCAAGAAUUAUCCACUAAUGUGAUAGAAAUUGAGGCGCGUUUAAAGUUCAGACCAUUGAUCCCAUUAUCUUCGGAUCCCAAUGAUCUCAGUUCGUUGACAAGUCAUUUUGCUAAAACGUGACUCAUUAACAAGUACUCCAGAGUGCAAUCUUACAACAUUCAAAACAGGACGAUUGCCCGCGUGGCAAAAAAUACAACCACCGAGACAACACUGGUGGAGCAUAUUGGAUAAAGAAUAUCUCAAUCAACUAAUGAUUGGGGAAAAAUGGCAUCAGCAUAGCGCAACAAAAUCCAAGGAAAGCAUGAUGGUCAUAUCAAGGUUUAUACCACGUGGUUUACUGUUGAGAGGACCUGUCGAGUGCUUAGGAUGCCAAUUAACCUCUCGGCGCGGUACAAAUUGUAAACCUUAUGUAGUGUGGGAAAUUCCAACUUCCCAAAAAAUAGCAGAUGUGCCGUCCGUACUGCAAACUGAAGAAUCCAAAAUCCUGAGCAAUGUGAUUUCUAAUUAUUUAUCUGUUCUUUAUUUUCUAUUAUUUCGUUCUUGAUCACUUGUUUUUUAUCUUUAUUACCAUUAUAAUAAAAUAAAAAAUUAAUUAUGAAAUAUAUUUCAGAAGAAUCGAACUUUUUGUUUGUUAAACAUUCUGUAUAUUUCAUUCAGCCAAGUCAAAAUUAUUCAGUUUUAGAGAAAAACAAACUUCCACGGCAAUUACCAAAUACAAAGCCAUUUUUUUCUAUUGUUUAUUGUCAAAGAUAAUAUUGUAAAUGAGAAAGAUUGUAUUGUUAUUGUAACCACAUUUGCAGGUAUAACAAUUGUGUGUAAAAUAAUAAAUAAAAUAUUGAUUUAUAUAUAGAA